UGGCUAUAAGAAAUGAAUAACCUGCUCGUUUUAGUGGGGGUGAUUUUAAGCAAGCAAAACAAGAGACCUGCCUAGUAAUGGAGAACGAGGCUGCGGAGCUGCUACAGCAGCAGCAGCAGAGCUACGAGGACGUUCGGAAAAGCGGGUAUCUCCGCAAGCAGAAAUCUAUGCACCGGCGAUUCUUCGUUUUGAGGGAAGCCACGGAACAGGGCCCUGCCCGUCUAGAAUAUUAUGAGAAUGAGAAGAAAUUCCAAAGCAAGUCACCUGUCCCGAAAAAAGCGCUGAAUCUGGAGACUUGCUUCAACAUCAACAAGCGGGCGGAUUCCAAGAACAAGCACAUGAUAGUGAUGUAUACCCGUGGGGAGAGCUUUGCCAUUGCAGCAGACAGUGAGGAGGUCCAGAAUGAAUGGUACCAGGCCAUGCUGGACCUUCAGUGGAAAUGUAAAAGCCCAGAGAAUUGUGGCAGUGGUGGGGAGUGUGGACUCCCCUCUCCUCCAGGCCCAGCUUUUAAGGAGGUGUGGCAGGUCAAGGUGUGGCCUAAAGGGCUUGGCCAGGCCAGAAACCUAGUGGGCAUCUACCGGCUGUGCCUGACCGACAAGACGGUCAACUUCGUCAAGCUCAACUCUGACAUGGCCACCGUGGUCCUACAGCUGAUGAAUGUGCGUCGCUGCGGCCACUCUGAGAACUUCUUCUUCAUCGAAGUGGGCCGCUCGGCCAUGACGGGGCCUGGGGAGUUCUGGAUGCAGGUGGAGGACUCGGUGGUGGCCCAGAACAUGCAUGAGACCCUGCUGGAGGCCAUGAAGGCUCUGAGCGAGGAGUUCCGCCAGCGCAGUAAGUCCCAGUCUGUGGGAGCUACAGCUGGAGGUGGCACCGCCUCCAACCCCAUCAGUGUCCCCACCCGCCGCCACCACCCCAACCUACCCCCCAGUCAGGUGGGCUUCGGCAGACGAUCCCGGACCGAGACCCCUGGAGCAGGUGGGGCCAGCUGCACCAGCACUUCACCCACACCAUGCAAUGGAUUUCCCAGGGCGCGUACAGCCAGCAUCGGGGGAAGGACGGAGGAGGGUGGAGGUGGACCCAAGGGGGCAUGGGCAAGUUCCAGUCCCAGCCUGAAUGGAUCCUGUUCCACUACACCCACCCUGAGACCCAAGCCCACCAGAGCUCCAACCCCAGCUAAGAUCACUCUCAGCCUGGCCCGCUACACCCCCAACCCAGCCCCCUCCCCAGCCCCAAGCCUCUCCUCCAGCUCUGGUCAUGGCUCAGAGUGUGGACUAAUUGGAGGGGCAAUGGGAAAUGUAGCCAUUUGCUCUUACACCCGUGUCCCUCAAAGAGUCUCUGUGUCGGGCUCCCCUAGUGACUAUGGCUCCUCAGACGAGUAUGGCUCCAGCCCUGGAGAGCACUCCCUGCUUGUCCCCAGUCUGCCAGGAGGGUCCCAUGGGGGGAUGGGACACCAUGCUCAUGGAGAGAGCUCUUCCAGCUACAUAGUGAUGGGCCAGAGAGAGAGCCUCCCUGGGACCCAUCAGCGUCCUCAGGGCCGCAGGAUGCUGCGCCGCUCCUCCAGCAGGGAGUGUGAGGCAGAGCGCAGACUCCUCAGCAAGAGGGCCUCCCUGCCUCUGGCUGCCCACGAACGCCUGGCCCCUCAUAGGAAGGAGGAAGAGGAUGAGGACGAAGAGUACACUGUCAUGUCGCAGAGUAUUAGCAGGGAUGCCUUUGUGUCACAACGUGGAUCAGGGGGCUCGGCAGCAGGGGGCUCGGCAGUGGCAGUCGUGGUUGGGGAGACCCGGGCGAGGGCUGAUGGGGUCCGAGGAGAGGUGGGAGGAGGAGGAGGGGCACCAGUGGACAGUGGCUACAUGGCCAUGUUACCCGGAGUGACAGCUUCUCCUGUUUCCCUCACUCUAUCUGUGGCCGUGUCUGACGUCGGUGCCAAACCUGGGGCUGAUGAUGAGUACAUGGCCAUGACUCCCAACAAUAGUGUGUCUCCUCCCCAGCACAUCUGCCUGCCUGUCUCAGAGGGCUACAUGGUCAUGUCCCCCAAUAGCAGCUGCUCCCCAGACUUGCAUGGAAUGGCCAUGUGGGGGAGCAGGGGCAGCAUGGAGAGCCGAGCUGGCAGUGACUACAUGAACAUGUCUCCUAUCAGCAUCCGCUCAGCUUGCAGCACACCCCCCUCCCAACCUGAACAGAACCAGUUACAACCCAAGAUGGUCUACUCCUACUUCUCUCUGCCACGAUCCUACAAACACACACUCUCUACACGCUUCGAAGAUGACUUAGAUCAAGGGAAAAGAAAGGAGGGGGGUCAUCACGACCAUGACGGUCCUGGAAAUCGGGGUGGACAAGUGGGCUACAGCAAGAGGGACACAGCCACAGUUGGCCCUGCAGGAGGCUGUCAACUCUCCCUCUCCUCUUCCUCCUUCUCCUCCAGCUCAGCUAGCAGUGAGAGCCUGGAUGAUAGGCCCAAAUCAGUGGCAACAGGGGGAGGGCUACGACUAACAAGAACAGGGACAGGGUUCAGAGAUGGCGGUUUCAGGAAUGGGGGAGCACGCUCAAAGGACGGAUCCUACCAGCAAAAACGUGCAUCGCAUGGCCCAGGGGGACAGCAGAUGAAGCCUCGUCCCCUCAAUGUGUCGGUGGACAUGUCUAAAGCUAACACUUUGCCAAGGGUUAAGGAGAAUCUCCUUCCCACAGUGCCUCAGAGCCCUGGGGAUUAUGUCAGCAUAGUGUUCAGGGGUGGUGACAUGCGGUGCAGGAGAAGAGACCAGUGGGGGCCAGAGCAUGGACUGUCAGUGACCCAUGGAACCCAGAGGCCCCUGCACCGUCCAGCCCUCUGCCACAGUGGCUCCACCAACCUCCCCCGCAGCUUCUCUGUACCUCUGGCCACCUCCGCUGCCUCUGCUGAGUACGUCAACAUGGACUUGGGGAUGGGGAACUCCCCUUGCCCAUCCCCCCGGAGCCCCGUUAAAUCACCUUUCAGCCUGCCCCCAGCCAUCGCCCCGAAGCCCCGAGUUCUGGCCCGUAGUAGGCCCUCUCCUAGGGCAGCAGAGGGCAAUGUAGGUGGGCAUAGGGCGGCAGUGCCAACAGACUUACCCACAUCAUAUACAGACUACACAGAGAUGGCCUUCAGCAUGGGUUCAGGGCCUAACCCUGCAGCGCCUGCCAUGCACGCUGCCCAAAGAUCAUCAAUGGAGCAGGAAACAGGCUUGGUCUUUCCCUCAGAAAAGUCCUAUUCAUCUCCUGCCCAGAAGCAAAGUAGCAGGCUGGCCAGAGACAGGGUUGACAGGGGCGACCAACUGGGACGGAGACGCCACCGCUCUGAGACCUUCAUCAUGACUCCUCCCUCUCUCCCCUUCCACCUAUCCUCCUCAGGCUCCUUGUUCUUGGAGAUUGCCCAGGCAGCACCGCCUCAUCGGCACGGAGGGCUGGAGGGGGGUUCACCGUGGGAGAAUGCACAGGCAGCUAUGUCUCAAUGUGCCAUUCCUGCUGCACCCGCAGCCCAGGCUUCAUCCUCUGGGUCUGCUGAACAAGGUCUUAACUAUAUUGAUCUGGACCUGGCCAUUAAGGACAGCUCUCAGACUGGACUGGAGGGGGGAGCCACCGUCCCCCACAACGUCUUCACAUCUGUCCACAGUGGGUUAGUUGGGGGAGGCAUGACUGGUUUGCGGAACAACUCUGGCUAUGCCAGUAUUGAUUUCUGCAAAUCAGAGGAGUUGAGAGCACAUCAUCAGAGCAGCAGAAAAGAUGUAAAAGAAUGUUAAUGAUACAUCUUCAUGUGGACAUUACUCCCGGGAUUGAGCAGCACUGUUCAACACUCCUCCUUCUAACCAUGGUGGGGUUGGUGGACAACAGGAUGUUUCUCACUGGAAGAGGAGUAACAGAGGUGAAGAUAUACCCAUCAAAUCAUCAUUAACUAUUUGUCAUCCUCUCCAGUUGUUGCUAUCCAAUACUAAUGUGUGCCAAAAAAACUGCUGGUUAUAACCAACACGACGUGGUUAUUUGAGGUAGAAAAAUCUAGCCAAUCAAGAGUGAUUACAGCAACUCCAACCAACAACAAGGAUCUAAUGAUAUUUUGUUUAUUUUCCUAAACAUAAACUUCAUGGAAAUUGUUAUAAAAAUGUGAAAUAGUAUAAAGGUGCAUACAGAAAACAAUAUAGUAUACAUAUGUUGAUGAAAGCUACAAAAAUAUAGAAAUAUAUAUAUUAUACUUUUUAAAAAGUGCCUAAUUUUUUGAGUGUAGACAUUUUUACACAGGGAAUGUUGAACAGGUCUGUUAGAAGGGGAAAUAUGUUGGUCUUGAAUAUAAUUUUGUUAAGAAUAUUGUGAAUACUGUAUGUUGAAAAUGUAAUAUAAAGUUAUAUAGUAAGAAUAAUCAAACUGCCUUACCGUGUUUGUGAAAGUACUUAAAUAGCCUCUUUUUACUUUAUGCUGUGCCUCAUGCUUCAGUCACAAUGAAGGCUCUCGUUCCCUCACUUUCCUGCCUGAACCCUACCAGCUGGAUCUCAGCCAACAACCAAUGCUGCAUAAAGACACACACACACACACACACACACACACACACACACACACACACACA